ACAGUUCUACCUUCUGCGUUCGGCUGCUAUAGGCUGAGUUGUACUGCGGCUUGCGAUUGGUUGCUGUAGUGACAUAUAGUGGAGCGUUAGCACGACACCCCUAGCCACUUUCCAUUGCAACUUUUUCUAUACGUUUAAAUGUAUAUCUAUUCAUCUGUGUACUUCAGUCGGAUACCAGGAAUGAAUGAUGCAAUGAGAUACAAUAAGAAACGACCUAGGUGUGACACAGUUGUUUUAAUGUAGAUUCAAGUAGCCUACACCAUCUGGCACUUUAUUAUAAUUUUUUACUUUUUUGGCAUUUUCAGUGACAUAUAUUCUUUCAUUCUUGAUAUUACAGGACCUGGCAACUAAAUGAAAGCAUGGAUUUGUUUUUUAUUUUUUUAUCUUUAACUUUUGUUGUUUGCCAGACCUUACCUUCUCAAAACGUCUAUACAAAUCACUGGGCUGUGCGAAUUUCGGGCGGACGCGAGGAAGCUGACAAACUUGCUUCAAAAUAUGGCUAUAAUAAUUUGGGGCAGAUUGGAAGCUUGGAGGAUCACUACCAUUUUCAUCAUAGCAGAGUUGUGAAAAGAUCUGCCUUCUCUACAAGGGGGACCCACAGCUUCAUCCACAUGGAUCCACAGGUUGACUGGGUUCAGCAGCAGGUGGUGAAAACACGGGUGAAGCGGCAUAUCACGAAUGAUCUCAACUUUGUGCACUUCAACGAUCCCAAGUGGUCAGGCAUGUGGUACAUUCACUGCGGGGAGAAAAGCAGCCGCUGCCGGUCGGAGAUGAACAUCCUGGCGGCUUGGCAGAGAGGUUACACGGGCAAGAAUGUGGUGGUCACCAUCCUGGAUGACGGUAUUGAGCGGAACCACCCCGACCUUGCACAGAACUAUGAUCAGCUUGCGAGCUAUGAUGUCAACGGAAAUGACCACGAUCCCACUCCACGAUAUGACUCCAGCAAUGAAAACAAACACGGGACUCGGUGUGCUGGUGAAGUCGCAGCUGCGGCCAAUAACUCUCACUGCAUGGUUGGCAUUGCGUACAACGCCCGGAUCGGAGGCAUUCGGAUGUUGGACGGUGAUGUGACAGAUGUGGUGGAGGCGAAGUCUCUUGGCAUACGGCCGGACUACAUCCACAUCUACAGCGCCAGCUGGGGCCCUGACGAUGACGGGAAGACUGUGGAUGGGCCGGGUCCUCUCGCCAAGCAGGCCUUUGAACAGGGCAUUAAAAAGGGUCGAAAGGGGCUGGGCUCCAUCUUCGUCUGGGCCUCUGGGAAUGGGGGCCGGCAGGGCGACCACUGCUCCUGCGACGGCUACACCAACAGCAUCUACACCAUCUCCGUCAGCAGCAGCACCGAGAACGGGAACAAGCCCUGGUACCUGGAGGUGUGCUCCUCCACCCUGGCCACCACCUACAGCAGCGGGGAGUUUUACGACAGGAAAAUAGUGACGACGGACCUGCGGCAGCGCUGCACCGAUGGCCACACAGGCACCUCUGUCUCCGCCCCCAUGGUGGCUGGGGUCAUUGCACUGGCUCUGGAGGCCAAUCCGCUGAUAACCUGGAGAGACGUGCAGCAUCUCUUGGUGAAGACCUCCCGGCCUGCCCAUUUGAAAGCUAAUGACUGGAAGACAAAUUCUGCAGGACACAAAGUCAGCCACCUGUAUGGGUUUGGGCUGGUGGAUGCAGAGGCCAUGGUGGUGGAGGCCAAAAAGUGGAGAAGUGUUCCGGCCCAGCACACCUGCACCAGGAUCUCUGAUCGCAGGACCAGGUACAUUCGCCCGGACCAGCACCUGAAUGCCAGCAUCAUCACGUCGGGCUGCUCUACACACCCUGACCAGAGCGUGGUGUACCUGGAGCACGUUGUGGUGCGAGUCCUCAUCGUACACCCGCGCAGAGGAGACCUGCAGAUCAACCUCAUCUCCCCUUCCGGGACUCGUUCCCAGCUGCUGGCCAAGAGAUUGUUUGAUAACUCAAACGAGGGCUUCAGGAAUUGGGAGUUCAUGACCGUGCACUGCUGGGGAGAAAAGGCAGAGGGACUGUGGACUCUGGAGAUCUUUGACUCCCCCUCGCAGCAGCGUAACCCUGAGGUACUCGGUAAGCUGAAGGAGUGGUCCCUCAUCCUGCACGGCACUGCCGAGCACCCCUACCACACCUCUCACCACUCACGCUCCAGGAUGCUGGAGAUCUCCAGCCCCAAGGCCCACGAGCCACUGCAGGAGAUCCCAGAGGAAGAGGAGGAAGAGGAAGAGUACAAUGGGCCAUGUCACACUGAAUGUGGGGACCAGGGCUGUGAUGGUCCCGAUGCUGACCAUUGUCUGAACUGUGUUCACUUCAGCCUGAGCAACGUCAAGACAGGCAGGACCUGUGUCAGCCAGUGCCCCCUGGGCUACUAUGAGGAUGUGCAGGCCCGGCGCUGUCGACGCUGCUCCAGAGGCUGUGAGACGUGCCUGGGCCGAGCGUGGAAUGAGUGCCUGUCCUGCCGCAGAGGGCUCUACCUCCACGCCGACCACAGCUCCUGUGUGGACACGUGUGCCACAGGCUACUUCGCUGACGAUGUUCCGAGGAAGUGUACGAAAUGCCAUGUGAACUGUCUGAAGUGUGUGCGUGAUUCUGACCGAUGCACUGCCUGCAAUGACGGCUACAGUCUUGCAGGUAUGACCUGUGUCCCCAUGUGUGCUAAUGGAACAUUUUUUCACCUGGAAGAAAUGAAAUGCAUCGCCUGUCAUCACUCCUGUGCCACCUGUACAGGCCCAGGGAAAGAGGAAUGUAUCCAGUGUGCCAAAGACUUCCUGCAGCAGGAGUGGAGAUGUGUCCCAGCAUGCACUGAGGGCUUCUACCCAGGGGAAGCUGCUGGACUCCCACAGAAGAUGUGUCGCAAGUGUGAAGAGAAUUGUUUGAGCUGUCAGGGCCCUGGGGUAACCUGCAGCCGAUGUCGAGAAGGAUACAAUCUUGUGAGCAGGAUGUGCAUCGCAAAUGCCACCUGCAACAACGCGGAUGAAGUGUUCUGUGAGAUGGUGAAGUCCAACCGGCUGUGUGAGAAGAAGCUUUUCCGACAGUUCUGCUGCAGGACGUGUCUCAUGACUGGGUGAAAAAGGAACUGGAAAGUACUUUGGGCACUGGCCUCUUGCUCUGUUGUACAUUUUUAAACUAGUUUACACCUCAAAGUCACUUAAUUUUGAUGAACCCUUUAAGGUGCAUAUUUGAUUUUAGUAAAAUGUAUUAAGGUUGUAUGUUUUUAUAGACUGCAUACACAACAUGUACAAAGUGUUUAUUUUUUAUUCAAAAACCACAUUAUUACAAAAUAUGGUGCUGUGUAUGAAUGUAUAUGGCAGCAUAUGAAUCUGAACCACUGUUUCAGACAAAGGUUGAUAAAAUGAUACAGCAGUAUGAACAGGUUUAUGAAUAUAAAGUAUUGCUUGUAAAGUAAUCCUUUUCAUACUUGAUCAUUGAAUUUCCUUAAAACAACUUUGUAAAAGUAUUAUAGUUUUUGUAAUAAAAAAAUAACCGUAGAAAGCAAUUGAAUAUAGAAUGUAGGUUCAUGCCAUUGUAAAUUUUAGAGAUUCUAUUUGCCAUUUUUAUUCUGUUUAUGUAAAAUGUUAAUAAGCUCAAAUAAAAACAUGCUCUCA